AUGAGCCUCACUAAGGAAAAUGCCAUGAUUGGCAUCAUUGGACUGGGCGACAUGGGCAAGAUGUAUGCCAAUCGCCUCAGUGCGGCAGGAUGGAGGGUAAAUGCAUGUGAUCUGCCUCAAAAUUAUGAAAAAUUAAAGGAAGAGUUCGCUUCUCAACAAGGUGUUUCUAUACUGCCGAAUGGACAUCUGGUUUCAAGAAUUAGCGAUUAUAUCAUAUACAGUGUAGAGGCCGGCGUCAUCGACAGGGUAGUUGCACAGUAUGGCCCAUCAACCAAGGUCGGCGCGAUCGUUGGCGGCCAGACAUCCUGCAAAGCUCCUGAACUUGCCGCGUUCGAGAAACAUCUUCCCUCAGAUGUAGAAAUCGUAUCCUGCCAUUCGCUUCAUGGGCCUCAGGUCAAUUCGAAAGGACAACCUCUGGUCCUGAUUCAGCAUCGCGCCUCGGAUGCCAGUCUCCGAUUCGUUGAAGAAGUCCUAUCAUCGUUCGGAUCGAAAUAUGUCUACCUCACAGGCGAGAUGCAUGAUCGGAUUACUGCGGAUACCCAAGCUGUCACCCAUGCAGCAUUCUUGAGCAUGGGAACGGCGUGGCAAGCAAACAAUCAGUUCCCUUGGGAGCAAUCACGCUGGGUGGGUGGCAUUGAGAACGUCAAAACCAACAUCACACUGCGCAUUUACUCCAACAAAUGGCAUGUUUACGCUGGCCUUGCCAUUCUCAACCCAGCUGCAAAGGAGCAGAUUCGGACCUAUGCUGAAUCCGUGACGGAGCUCUACAAGCUGAUGAUCGGCGGACAGCGAGAGGAGUUGAAACGUCGAGUCAAGGCCGCUGGCGCCGCUGUGUUCAGAGACGGCACAGAGGGUCAGGAUCUACUUCUGAAGGAUGAAGUCCUCGAUCGCUUUUCGCUGUCUAACCAGCCACGCGAGAAUAGCCCGCCUAAUAAUCACCUGAGUCUCCUUGCCAUUGUGGACUGUUGGUCGAAGUUGGGUAUCGUUCCAUACGAUCAUAUGAUUUGCUCAACACCUCUCUUUCGUUUGUGGUUGGGAGUCACAGAAUAUCUAUUCCGCAACCCCGAGCUUCUUGAUGAAGCCUUAGAUACCGCAAUCGACGACAACACAUUCCGCGAAGAUGAUUUAGAAUUUACUUUCGCAGCUAGGGCCUGGUCUGAUUGUGUCUCUUUUGGCGACUUUGAGUCCUACCGCGAUCGCUUUGAGCGCAUUCAGCAGUAUUUUGCACCCCGAUUCCCGGAAGCCGUCAAGGUUGGAAACGAAAUGAUGAAGACAAUCUUGGAGAAGACGACUGUCCAGACGCCAUCCAACUCCUAG